UUCCCGAGUCGGAUUGGAGCCGUUGGAAUAUCGUUGCUGUUCGCUGCAGAGGCGUCGUUCGAUCCUCUAAAUAUAGUUUUUAACUAUGCGACGCUGGCAGACUUGCAGCGCCUUGACAAAGUACUUGUCAAUCCUGGCAGAAGUUCGGGUCGAAAUAAGAUUUCCUCUUCCGUACAUCCCCAGUCGUCAUGCUCGCGUUGUAUGACAUGGAUCCUUCGCUCAUCUUGUUAUAUCAUGCUUUCAUCAUAGGGACAGUCCGUGGGGAGCAAGACGCGGUGGUUGAUUUGAAGCAACGAAACACUCUAUGCGAAGUUAAAUCCCGACACACUUCAAAGAACAGGUCAACUGCUGUCCGCAUUCGGGGAGAAGCAGCCUUCUUACUUUCGUCCGUCCAUCAGAGCCAUCCAGAACCCCGGGACCCGAAAGUCUCCCAUGUGGUAACAUUUAAGCUACCGCAGCAGGUUAGCACUCGCUGGUGUCCGGAGAGGGCAACGUAUCAAGCAACAGAGUGUUCUCUGCCAGUCAUCAUCUGUUUACCACUGCGUAGAUACUACUCCGACCGGCCGUUCUGCAAGGUGAGUGGAUGCCGAGCCGCCAGUGUCCACCAUGGCGUCAUCCGAUCGGUGGAACAAGUUGACAACGCGGCGAUAGUGGCAAUGGAGCGUUUCAGGGUUUCAUCCUCAUCUCGGGCACAUAAUAGGUGUAGGACGGGGCCAAGACAUGGGGAGAGUGCGGAGACUCAGGUCAUGAUAUCAUGCCGACAGCAUGCUGGACGGAUCCGUGGCUGGGAUGCCAAGAGGGCCUGAAUCUUCACGUUGGACGAAAGUGAUAAGCGAAGGCGAAGGGAUCGGGAGACUUGGCAGG